AUGGGCAAAUGUGGCGUCGGCCGACCAAGAAAUCAGGUGGCGGCGCACCAGAAAGGAGUUGAACAGACCAUUAUUGUGCAGGCUAUUACUGAAUUGGAAGCUGAAGAAACUGACCAACAAGACACGUAUGGUGAUUCCAAUCAACACAUUGCAAUAACACCAUACACAGAGUCAGAUGAUAAACAUGAUGAAGACCAACAAUAUAGACCCGACGAAGGAGUAAUCAACAACAAUGUGUCAUCCCCAGAGAAACAUGUUGCAACCCUAUUGAAACCAUGGGUUGGGGUGAUAAAAUGA